AGAGAAACUAAUCCAUCGUCGAUGAUCAGUCAUAUCAAACUUAGGUCAACUAUACAUCAGAAGCUAAUAGAAUCAGGAGAGAAGGAGAGACUGAAGAUACUGUUGCGCAAUAAACUGGUGGAGGCUGGUUGGAGAGACGAGGUGAAGGCUCACUGCAGAGAAUAUAUAAAGAACAAUGGUGGCGAGAACCUCACAAUCGAAGAGUUGAUACAGCACAUCACUCCUGUUGCAAAGAAGAAGUCACCGCCACAAGUUAAACAAGAUCUAGUCAAGCGUAUAAGAAAGUUCCUCGGUCCAAAUGCACAGCAACAACACAUGCUACCUCCUCAUUCAUCA